CAAAAAAAUUCCGCCAUAGUAACAAAAGCAGACUCUUCUAAGGUUUGAGCUAUGUCCAUGGAUCCCCAGAACAACCUUUGCUGUAUUUUCCAAUUUCCGACGUGAAAACAUAAGACAAAUUAGAGAAUGAGAGAAAUCUCUUCUCGCCGUCUUUCUAUAACCACCUUCCGCUUUCUCUCUUCUCUUGCGGCGGUGCGUGUAGACCACUACCACCACCCGCAAUGCAUUCAUCCAGCACCCACAAAUUCUCCUAUUCACUUGCAUACAGAGAAACCCGAAGGUUUGAUUUCGUUAAUCAAUUCAUCUUCUGAAAAGUCCCAUUUGCUACAAAUCCACGCCCACCUCAUUCGCAAAACUCUCUUUCAAGAUCCAUUUUUUUUCUCAGCUUUCUUAUUUCGUGUUGCUCUCCCGCCAUUCCAUGAUUUAACUUAUGCUUUUCGGGUAUUUUCAAAAUCUGAAAAACCCAAUGUUUUCAUGUACAACAUCAUGAUUAGAGCUUAUGCAAUGAGUGAUUCACCCAUAAAGGGUUUUCAGUUAUAUCAAGGAAUGUUAAGGUCAGGUGUGUCACCGAAUUCGCUGACGUCUUCAUUCGUUACGAAUUGUUGUAUAAAGAUUGGGUCUUUCUUUGGUGGGAUACAGAUUCAGGCUCGAAUAUUGAGAGAUGGGCAUCAUUCUGAUGGACGCCUGCUGACCACAUUAAUGGAUUUUUAUUCAUCCAAUGAGAAGUACAGCGAAGCUUGCAAAGUGUUUGAUGAAAUGUCUCAUAGAGACACAGUAGCUUGGAACGUGUUGAUUUCUUGCUAUUUGCGUAACCGACGCACUCGGGAUGCUUUGCGCUUAUUUGAUAUGAUACGGAGCUUGUCUGAGUGUCAACCAGAUGAGGUUACUUGUUUGUUGUUACUUCAGGCUUGUGCAAAUUUGAAUGCAUUGGCCUAUGGUGAGGGAGUUCAUAGAUAUUGUGAAGAGCAUGGAUUUGACAAGGCAAUCAAUAUUUGUAAUGCACUUAUAACUAUGUAUUCCCGGUGUGGUUGCAUUGAAAAGGCUUUUGAGGUGUUUAAGGGAGUGGCCAAGAAAGAUGUGGUGUCUUGGAGUGCAAUGAUUUCGGGGUUGGCAAGCAAUGGUUAUGGCAGAGAUGCAAUUGAGGCAUUUUCGGAGAUGCAAAGAUCGGGUGUUUCCCCUGAUGAUCAGACUUUCACUGGGGUUCUUAAUGCUUGCAGUCACUCCGGACUACUUGAUGAGGGUAGGAUGUUUUUUAAUCGAAUGAGCGAAGAGUUUGGGAUUCCACCAAACAUUCAUCACUAUGGGUGUGUGGUUGAUCUAAUGGGUCGUGCUGGCUUAGUUGAAGAAGCUUACAACCUUAUAAGUUCAAUGAAGGUCAAACCUGAUGCAACAAUAUGGAGGACUCUACUAGGAGCUUGUAGAAUUCACCGCCAAGCUGAUCUUGGAGAACAAGUCAUUGAGCAUUUGAUUGAACUUAAAGCACAAGAAGCCGGAGAUUAUGUACUGCUGUUGAAUAUUUAUUCAUCGCUUGGUGAUUGGGAUAAGGUAAUAAACGUGAGAAAAAUAAUGAAAGAGAGGGGAAUCCAAACCACCCCUGCUUGUAGUACCAUAGAGUUCAAGGGGGGAAUACAUGAAUUCGUUGCAAAUGACUUUUCCCAUCCAAGAAAGACUAAGAUUUAUGAGAUGUUGGACGAGAUCAAUCAGCAACUGAGGAUAGCAGGAUACGUUGCUGAGCCAAUGUCAGAGUUGCACAAUGUGGGUGUGGAAGAGAAGCAGAUUGCAUCAUCUUAUCACAGUGAGAAAUUGGCUAUUGCUUUUGGGGUUCUAUCAACUCCACCCGGCACGUCAAUAAGAGUUGCAAAAGACCUCCGAAUUUGUGUUGACUGCCAUAAUUUUGCCAAGAUGUUGUCAGCAGUCUAUAAUAGGGAAGUUGUUAUUAGAGAUCGUAACCGCUUCCAUCAUUUCAGAGAAGGACUAUGUUCUUGCAAUGACUAUUGGUAAUUGCAAAAUGUUCCUCCAGUAAAUUAUGGAGCAGAAUGAAAGUAGGGCUUAUAAAGAUUAUCUAUUGAAGGAUGAUGAGAAUGGUGUUGAAUGUGUUAUUGGAUAGAACACCCGAUAAUAUCAGACUCGCAUUGAUCAUGCAUCAGGAAAAUUCUGGUCGUGCAGGAAAGAGAGAAUCCCAUUGUUGCUGAAUACAGCUUGAAGCUAGAUUCAAAUAGACUCAUUGGCACAGAGAAGAAUCUAAGAAUUUAUGUCAAUUAACAGGAUGGAGUUGGAUUUUGCUAUAC